UCUUGCGCUCAGUUGCCGGCUGACGGCCGUCGAGAUAGCACCAUGGUUGGUGUAUGUGUAGCUCGCGUGUGUGUGUUCGCGAUAUGGUGCAUUCUGGUGAUUUUGUCCAUGACAGGAAGUGUCAAUGGACAACAAGUGUCAUGCCCACCAAGGUGUUUGUGCUUCAAGACCACUGUCAGGUGCAUGUUUCUCUCCAUGGACAAGGUACCUCCCAUACCGGCUGAAACUACAAUACUGUGAGUUGAAACUGAUAUUUACAGUACUGUGUCAGGUCUGGUGUCAUCAUCCCUCUCUUGAUAGUAAGUUUCAUAUUUUUUCCUACAGUUACGUUGAAAAGUGGCCAUUGCUGCACUGAUU